CGACGCCGGCACGCGAGGGCAAAGGGGAACACCAUGCAGGAUCCAAAUGAAGAUACAGAAUGGAAUGAAAUUUUAAGAGAUUUUGGCAUUCUUCCUCCAAAAGAAGAGCCAAAAGAUGAAAUUGAAGAAAUGGUUUUACGUUUACAGAAAGAAGCAAUGGUUAAACCAUAUGAAAAGAUGACUCUUGCACAGUUGAAGGAAGCUGAAGAUGAAUUUGAUGAAGAAGAUAUGAGAGCUAUUGAAAUAUAUAGAGAAAAGCGGUUACAGGAAUGGAAAGCUCUUAGGAAAAAACAAAAAUUUGGGGAAUUAAGAGAAAUUUCUGGAAAUCAGUAUGUGGAUGAAGUCACAAAUGCAGAAAAAGAUCUAUCAGUUAUAAUUCAUUUAUACAGAUCAAGCAUCCCAAUGUGUUUGUUGGUUAACCAGCAUCUUAGUCUCCUAGCAAGAAAGUUUCCAGAAACUAAAUUUGUUAAAGCCAUCGUGAAUAGCUGUAUUCAACACUACCAUGACAAUUGUUUACCAACAAUUUUUGUUUAUAAAAACGGUCAGAUAGAAGGCAAAUUCAUUGGAAUUAUAGAAUGUGGAGGAAUAAAUCUCAAGCUGGAAGAACUUGAAUGGAAACUAGCAGAAGUUGGAGCAAUACAGACUGAUUUAGAAGAAAACCCCAAAAAAGGCAUUGUAGAUGUGAUGGUAUCUUCAAUUAGAAACACUUCUAUUUAUGAUGACACUAGUAGUUCAAACAGUGAUAAUGAUGAUACCAAAUAGAAAUAUUUAAUAAAUAGCUGCAAAUUAUUUACUGAAUGUUUUUCACUGCCUUUAUAAUCAGAGAUCAGAAAAUUUAUGGAUUUAUUUUCAUAUUUAUAUUAGAAUGAUAGCUUAUAUAUCAUUUCAAAAACUUUCAGGUAUUUCAGAAUAUUUAUUGCCUCCAACCAAAGCAGAAUUUGUACUGAACCCUUAAUAUUUUUCUGUGGUUUAUCCUCUUUUUGACCCAUGUUGGAUAAGAGCACCAAUAUUACAAGUCCUCUGUGUUGCUUACUCACAAAGAGGCCUAUGAAUGAAUAUAAUGAAA